AUGUCGACGAUCUUCGCGAAGCCCGAGAGCGCCCUGAGGAGGGCGGAGGAGCUGAUCCACGUCGGGCAGAAGCAGGCGGCGCUGGAGGCGCUGCACGACCUCAUCACGUCGAGAAGAUGCCGGUCAUGGCAGAAGCCUCUCGAGAAGGCCAUGAUGAGGUACGUGGAGCUGUGCGUGGAUCUGAGGAAGGGCAGGUUCGCCAAGGACGGCCUCAUCCAGUACUCCAGGAUCGUCUGCCAGCAGCAGCUCAACAACGUGUCGUCUCUGGAGGAGGUCGUAAAGCACUUCAUGCAUCUGUCCAGCAAGAAGGCCGAGGAGGCCGCCAUGGAUCACCAGGCGCAGGCUCUGGACGUCCAUGACCUGGAAGCACCGGAGGACCUGAUGCUCAGCUACGUUAGCGGGAAGGACUGGUCUGAAUCUGACACCCCGUAUCUCAAGUUUCUGUGGGAGACGUACCGGACGGUGCUGGAGGUGCUGAGGAACAACUCCAAGCUCGAAGCGCUGUAUGCCAUGGCAGCCCACAAGGCCUUUCAGUUCUGCAAGCAGUACAAAAGAUCCGCCGAGUUCCGGAGGCUGUGUGAGAUGAUCAGAAACCAUCUUGCAAAUCUCAACAGAUCAUAUCGAGAUCGUCCUGAUCUGACCGCCCCUGAGAGCUGCCAGUUGUACCUUGAUACCAGGGUUGAGCAACUCAAGAUUGCCGCAGAGCUUUCCCUGUCCCAGGAAGCCUUCCGGUCUGUGGAGGACAUCCAUGGCUUGAUGAGCAUGGUUCAGAGGACUCCAAAACCAUCCGUCCUGGCCGUGUAUUACGCCAAGCUGACUGAGAUAUUCUGGACGUCUGAGAGUCACUACUUGUAUCAUGCAUAUGCACGGCUGGAGCUUUUCAACUUGCACAAGUGUCACAACAAGAAUUUAACUCGGAAGGAUCUGCAAUUACUAGCGUCUUCUGCUUUGCUCGCUGCGCUUUCUGUUACACCAUAUUAUGACCAUGAGUCUGGUCUAUCUCAUCUGGAGCUUGAAAACGAAAAGGGGCGCAGCUCGCGUAUGGCAAACCUUCUCAAUUCCUCCUUUGACUCCAAGCGUGAGAACAGAGAAAAGGUUUCAAGAGCAUCUCUUCUUUCUGAGUUGGCUGCCAGAGGUGUGGUUUCAUGUGCUUCCCAAGAAGUGCAAGAUCUUUACAACCUUAUGGAGCAUGAGUUCCUUCCUCUGGAUCUAGCAUCAAAAGUGCAACCUCUGUUUUCCAAGAUUUCUACAAUCGGAGGAAAGCUUUCAUCUGCACCUUCAGUUCCAGAGAUUCAGUUAUCGCAGUACCAACCUGCAUUGGAAAAGCUUACUACACUGAGGGUGCUGCAGCAGGCAUCUCGUGUUUUCCAGUCCAUGAGAAUUGAUACACUCUCUAGAAUGAUCCCCUUCUUUGACUUCAAUGUCGUGGAGAAGAUCGCUGUUGACGCCGUCAAGCACAAUUUUGUUGCUAUGAAAGUUGACCAUUUGUCUGGAGCUGUUCGUUUCAGCAACACAGAGAUAGAAUCUGAUGUGUUUGGUGCUAGUCACCUUAUUGGUGCCCUCGCUGAUUCCCUAAACAAAGCUGUGCAUAAGCCAUCCGAAGUCGGUAGUCUUGCUGGAGUGGUGGAGAAAGAACAUCAAAGGCUUCUCGCAAGGAAAUCAAUCAUUGAAAAACGUAAAGAAGACUAUGAGCGUCAGAUAUUGGAAAAGGAAAAAGCAGAGGAGGCAAAGAGAUUGAGCAUUCAGAAGAAAUCCGCGGAUGAAGAAAGGGAGAGGCUUUUGAAGGACCGGAGGCUCAGGGAGCAGCAGAGGAUCCGUCAGGAAAUAGAGGACAGAGCGCAGAGAGAAAUAGGAAAAACAGAACAAAAAGUAACAAAACAAGGCGCCAUGGAGCUUGUAUCGCAUUACCUAGCUUAUAGAAUGUCGCGUCAGGGGAUGGAGAAGAGGCUGGAGAAGCUAGCAAAGAGAAUGGAUCACUUGGAGAGGGCAAGACGGCAGGAGGAAGCGCCGCUGAUCGAGGAGGCCUUCCGAAGACGCGUCGAGGAAGAGAAGGUCCUCCACGAGCAAGAGCAGCUGAGAGAGAAUGAGAUCAGCGAGCAGCGCCACGCGGGUGACUUGCUGGAGAAGAAGAGGCUCUCUCGAUUCUUGGAGCAUAAGAAUGCUUUCCAGGAAAGAGUUGUCCAACGCCGAGAAGCCGAGUUUCUUAGCCUGACGAAAGAGAGGGAGGAAAGGAUCAGUCAGUUGGUAUCUUCAAGAAGGCGUGAAAGGGAGACUGCACGGAAACUGACGUAUUAUCUGAAGAUGGAAGAACAGCGGAUCCAAAGGGCGCGUGAGGAAGAGGAACAGCGGAUCCAAAGGGCGCGUGAGGAAGAAGAACAGCGGAUCCAAAGGGCGCGCGAGGAAGAGGAGCAACGUGAAGAGGAAGAGAGGGAGAGGAGGGAAGAAGCUCCUCCUGCACGCAGUAAUCAGCCCUGGCGUCGUAGAUCAGGGCCCUCGGCAAACUCUUCUUCGUCUGGCAGCUGGAGGCACUGA